UGCCCUUGUGACAGGGCGCAUGUUUAACUGAAAGAAUGAGCAGAGCGCGCGCACACUUUUCACCGUCUCCAAAACGCAUCCAAGUAAUUCUUGGUUUUCUUUGACUAAUCGAAGCUGGUAUCAACAAGGCACAUGCGAGAGAAUGCAGCUCGGGACUACUUUGAAAAGAUUUUAAAAAGAUUAGCAGUCUUUUAAAUAAUACAUGAAUGGAGGAUUUUCAUGAAAGGACUACAUUUUUUUUUUAAGUUCAAAGUUGUGAUUUCGGUCUGUUUUCAGAUUUUGGGAGAGAGUGCUGCCAGCAAAGACGGGGCGGGUGCAACUGCCACUUCAGAUCCUGAAGAUGAUGGAGAUGGAGACAUCUCUACAGUGGACCCUGAGCCAGAAGUGGUCCAUCGUGGAUCACAGUGCAACAUAAGAUGUUUACAUCGUUCAUUAGGUGUUCAGGAAAAGCCUCAGAUGGUGGAUGUGGGGACUCCACUGGCCAGUCCUGAACAAAGUGAUGAUGAAUGGUAAUUUUCUGAUAUCAUCAAUCAUUCUGGUGAUAUGUCAUGGAGUCCAGGGGAGGAGAUGUUGAGCGAGUCCUCUGAGGAGGAACCAGAAGAGCUGGAAUCUCUCACUGACCCAAAUGCUGUUGACAAGUUCAUUGUUUGCCAGAGGUGGUUGCUGUCCUUGUUCACGGUUUGCUCUGCAUGCUGCGGGGAAACCCAGGGACACAUAAUGCACCCGGAAGGAACUUUCAUAAAAGUCAAGCAGGCCUGCGGAACUUGUGGUUAUGAGCGUUACUGGCAAAACCAAGAGAAGGUGCAUCGAAACAUGCCUGCCUGCAACCUUUUACUCAGCGGUGCCAUCCACUUCUCAGGUUGCAUGGCUUCUCAGACAAUCAGGAUGCUGAAGCUGUUUGGACUGCAGUGCAUAAGUCCUGGCACUUUUUUCUGCCAUCAGCGCUAUUACUCUAUCCCUACCAUCAUGCAGGCCUGGAGGAAUGAGUUAUCACUUAAAAACUUCUCUUGGCAGCCCUACAUUUCAAUACCAUGGGGCAUAACAAUGGCCAAGGCAAAAGACAGAGUGGAACAGGCUCAUGAGGAUCCCAACUUGCAGCAAAGACUUGAGGCUUAUGGACCAGUGAGUUCUGGAACAGACUCUUUCAGGACUGGAGGGAGCUCUGGAGAUUCAUGGACAAUAUUUAACUUUGAGGUAGGCCCUGGAGAUGCAGAAACUGACUUAUGGGCAGAAAUGGUCUUGAAAGUGACCCAGAUCGACACAGACCAGGACCCCUAUGUUGUUCGGGCUCAGACCUGGACAUUCGCGGAACGAAGGAUCUAUAAGCAGCAGAGCAUGCCUUCGUCUUCCUGA